AUAGUUGGCUUUGUUAGCUAUCAAGGGUUUCUAUGUCGUCUACGUUAGCUAGCAGCUCCAGCACAAAAAAUAAAGUGUUUCUGGCUCCAGUGGUAGAGGGUUGGCUACGCGUGUAGCUAGUUUCAUUCAUUUCUUUUUGAGGCCGGUUACAUUGUGCAUCCCAGUACUGGAAGAAGAUGGCUGCUCCGGAUAUGCGCCUCAACCACACCAUAUACAUCAACAACCUGAACGAGAAGAUUAAAAAAGAUGAACUGAAGAAGUCGUUGUACGCGAUCUUCUCUCAGUUUGGUCAAAUCCUGGACAUUUUGGUUGCCCGCUCCCUGAAGAUGAGGGGUCAGGCCUUUGUCAUCUUCAAGGAGGUCAACAGCGCCUCCAAUGCCCUGCGUUCCAUGCAGGGGUUCCCAUUCUAUGACAAACCUAUGCGUAUUGGGUACGCCAAGGGGGACUCUGACAUCAUCGCUAAAAUGAAGGGCACCUACGUGGAGCGUGACCGUAAGAAGGAGAAGAGGGCCAAGGUCAAGGGCCCAGAGGCUGCAGGGGCCAAAAAAGGUGUGCCAGGGACCCCUGUAGUACCCAUGGGCCCUGGAGUUCCAACACCCAUGCCCGGAAUGCCACCCAUGAGCGGAGCUCCUCGUAUGAUGCCAAUGCCAGGGCAGCCCCCCUACAUGCCCCCGCCAGGCAUGAUGCCUCCUCCGGGGAUGGGCCCUGGGGGGAUGCUCCCUGGUGCCAUGCCUCCUGGUGCGAUGAUGCCCGGGCAAAUGCCCCACGCCCAGGUUGCAGAAAACCCUCCCAACCACAUCCUUUUCCUCACCAACCUCCCAGAGGAGACCAACGAGCUCAUGCUGUCUAUGCUCUUCAACCAGUUCCCUGGGUUCAAAGAGGUGCGUCUGGUGCCUGGUCGCCACGACAUUGCCUUUGUGGAGUUUGAUAAUGACGUGCAGGCUGGAGCGGCCAGGGAGGCACUACAGGGCUUCAAGAUCACCCAGACCAACGCCAUGAAGAUCUCUUUCGCCAAGAAAUAACACACCAGAGAGCUCUUGGGUGGUUUACACUCUCUCACACACACACACUCGCGCGCACGCGCAACCACACACACAGAGAGACACCUCUUCCGCCAUAAACUUUACUAGCACAGAGCCGACUACUAACCUGUCCUUCGCUAAGUCCCCCCAUCCCCCCCUCCCCCCAAAGUUCCCCUCCCAAGACACAUCUAUCAUCUAUAGGCUCCCUUAAACAUUUGUGUGCUGCUCCCUGCUCUGCUUACAGAUUAUGACAUAAGAAUUCUUUCAGCCUCCACCAGAAGGUAAGGAGUGGUGAUUGGACGAUCCCCUUCAUCAACGACGCCUAUAGGAGAGCAAGUUUUUUUACCCUCUUAGUUUUGAACUUCAGCAUAGAUUUUUUUUCUUCUUGUAAUUGUCUUGUUACUGCCCUUCCUGUGAUCCCACACUAAUUUAGAAUAACUGGAGAUGACUUUCUUUGUAUCUGAUGGUAGGUUACCAGCGGUUUAGAGAAGAUAUAAGGGCAGGAUUGUGAUGAUAGGAAUGCAGACACCAGGCUUGAAAACGCUAACGUGUAAGGACUAUUGGUUUAGUGAUUUGGUGCCAACAUAGAGGAUAGUCAGCUGACGUUUGCAUAUCCAUAGCCAGGUUAAGAAACAUUUUAAAGUAUGUCAGUUUCUGCACCCAUUCCUUGAGGAUAAAGUCGGGUGUUUAUAUGUAAGUAUAUUACAUUUUUUUAUUGUUUGUCUGUUAAUAAGCAUUGCACCCAGGGUCUGUUUCACCCAGACAUUGUACCUGGAGCUUUAUUGUUUGAUUAAAAUGUGUGCUUUUUAUAAUGACUAA